AUCUGGGGUCUGACGCCGUGGGUGUGAUGUAUUACUGUUAGUCGUGGUCGUGCGAUUGUCGCAUGUUGUUGGCGGCGACUGUGUCCGCAGUCUUGUGGUCAACCCCUGUACUGUGUCCGCAGUCUCUGGUCAUCCCCUGUACUGUGUCCGCAGUCUCUGGUCAUCCCCUGUACUGUGUCCACAGUCUCUGGUCAUCCCCUGUACUGUGUCCGCAGUCUCUGGUCAUCCCCUGUACUGUGUCCGCAGUCUCUGGUCAUCCCCUGUACUGUGUCCGCAGUCUCUGGUCUUCUCCUGUACUGUGUCCGCAGUCUCUGGUCUUCUCCUGUACUGUGUCCGCAGUCUCUGGUCAUUUCCUGUACUGUGUCCGCAGUCUCUGGUCAUUUCCUGUACUGUGUCUGCAGUCCAUCGGUUCAGAAUAUUUUUUUUCCUUGUUUUUCUCCUCUAAAACCUAGGCGCUUCUUAUGGUCAGGUGCGUCUUAUGGAGU